CCCAGAGCUCUGGAAUUUCUCCAUCAUGUCUUGGAAUCACCUCCUGCUUCUGCUCUUUUCUCUGUGCACAGGUGCCAUGGCCUCCUAUGUCCUGACACAACCACCUUCAGUGUCGGUGGCCCUGGGAGAGACAGCCACCAUCACCUGCUCUGGAGAGGCACUGCCAAAAAGAUAUGCAUAUUGGUUCCAGCAACAGCAGCCAGGACAGACUCCUGUGCGAAUAAUAUACAAAGAUAAGGAGCGGCCCUCAGGGAUCUCUGAGAGAUUCUCUGGCUCCAGCUCAGGGACAACAGCCACCCUGACCAUCAGCAGCGCCCAGGCCGAGGAUGAGGCUGAUUAUUAUUGUCUGUCAUGGAAUAUUAAUGGUACUGAAACGGUGUUCGGUGGAGGCACCAAGCUGACCGUCCUAGGUCAGCCCAAGUCUGCACCCGCAGUCACCCUGUUCCCGCCCUCCCCUGAGGAGCUCCAGAACAACAAGGCCACGCUGGUGUGUCUGAUGAAUAACUUCUACCCGGGCGCUGUGACCGUCAACUGGAAGGCUGAUGGCACCACUGUCACCCAAGGCGUGGAGACCACACAGCCCUCCAAGCAGAGUGACAACAAAUACAUGGCCAGCAGCUACCUGAGCAUGACGCCUGCACAGUGGAGAUCUCACCAGAGAGUCAGCUGCGAGGUCACACACGAUGGCAGCACUGUGGAGAAGAGUUUGGCCCCUGCAGAGUGUGCCUAGGACCCUGCCCGGCACCCUAUCCUCAGGGACCUGAAGUGCAAGGACUCGGAGGAAGAGCCUCCUGUCCCACCCCACCUGCUCCUGACUUUCUCUGUGAUCACCUCAUUGCUCAAUAAAGCAC